UUUAUGUGAGAAGUGCGCUGGGAUACAAACAAGGGAGGCUGCUGCUCGCUAGCCUGCGAAUGCAAGUAGGUCACUCCGUGCGCUGAGAUAUGAAAUCAAGGAUUUAAAAAUCUGAAUAGGAAAGUAGUGGUUGGAAUUACAUUUGUAAUGCGACGUUUGAAAUUACACCCUUCGCUGUCCAGGGUACUGUCUCACGAGCGCAAGCCCGUCGAUCACUUUUCCACCACCCUCACAUUAGGCUGUUUUUAGGUAAGAAAUCAUGGAGUUACGUGUUGGGAGUAAAUACCGUCUCGGGCGGAAGAUUGGAAGUGGCUCGUUUGGUGACAUCUACUUGGGUGCAAACAUCACAUCAGGAGAGGAGGUAGCCAUUAAACUGGAGAGUGUGAAGACUAAACAUCCACAGUUACAUAUUGAGAGCAAGUUCUAUAAGAUGAUGCAAGGUGGAGUGGGUAUUCCGUCGAUCAAAUGGUGUGGUGCUGAAGGGGACUACAAUGUCAUGGUGAUGGAGCUCCUGGGGCCAAGCCUGGAGGAUCUGUUCAACUUCUGCUCAAGGAAAUUCACACUUAAAACUGUCUUGCUGCUUGCAGACCAGAUGAUUAGCAGAAUCGAGUACAUCCACUCCAAGAACUUCAUUCAUAGAGAUAUCAAACCUGAUAAUUUCUUGAUGGGGCUCGGCAAGAAGGGAAACCUGGUCUACAUCAUAGACUUUGGCUUGGCUAAGAAGUACCGUGAUGCCCGCACACAUCAACACAUUCCUUAUCGUGAGAAUAAGAACCUGACUGGCACUGCCCGCUAUGCCUCCAUUAACACACAUUUGGGCAUUGAGCAAUCUCGGCGGGAUGAUCUUGAGUCCCUUGGCUAUGUUCUUAUGUACUUCAACUUGGGUUCUCUUCCCUGGCAAGGCCUCAAAGCAGCCACUAAAAGGCAGAAGUAUGAGCGAAUCAGUGAGAAAAAGAUGUCAACCCCCAUUGAUGUUCUUUGCAAGGGCUAUCCAUCCGAAUUUUCCACCUACAUGAACUUCUGCCGCUCACUCCGAUUUGAUGACAAGCCUGACUACUCCUACCUGAGACAAUUGUUCAGGACCCUUUUCCACAGACAAGGGUUUUCUUACGACUAUGUGUUUGACUGGAACAUGCUGAAAUUUGGCUCCAGCAGGACAGCAGAAGAUAAAGAGAAGGAGCAGAGGACAGAGGCAGAGGAGAGGGAUGAAAGAACUGGAGGUGGUCCACAGGGUUUAGCAGCUCGCGCUCUGCCGUCUAGUCCCAACCUCCCAGCCCCUAACAGGGUCCGCAACGGCCCAGACCCUGCCAGCUCAACACCAGCCUCCCGUGUUCCACAGUCUGGGAAUGCAUCACCAAGAGCAGGUCGAGGAGCUGAGCGAGAAAGGAGAGUCUGCUUACGGCUCCACCGUGGUGCUCCUGCCAAUGCCUCCCUUGAUCUCCCACUGCGCCAUGAUCAAAUCCGCAUCACUCCCCCACAGGUCAGUGUUCCGUUUGAACACAUGGGGAAAUGAGCACUACAAAUUAUCUGUCAUUUACUGUUUUUAGGAGGAUUACAACAGACAACUCCCCUAAAGCAUUUAUAUUCAUCUUUCUAUAUAAAACGGGAGUGUGACACAGAGGCUAAAGUGUAGGCAAGAAGCAGAAAGAAAGGCACCACACUUUUGAAAUGGACAAAGUGCUCCCCCGUCCUCGUGCACUGCUGGUUUUUGCUCUUGGGAUGAGACAUUGAAGAUACAGAUGUACGAAAAAGUUGUGGACAGUGGAUGAGCUGGACCACAAUAUCUGGAUUCAAACAGUGGAAAUAGAAGUGCAAGUGGAAAAGAGAAUUUUUAUGUACAACCGCAUGGCUGUUCUCUGCUUUGUCUGAAAUGAUGGGAGGGAGAAGGACUUGCUUGUUGGACUGUAAAGUUAAAAUUGAUUAUUGAUAAGAAAUGUAUCGCUCACAAUGUUACUUUAACACAAACGUGUAUGUUGACACCUUACUGACCUAUGAGGUUUUCGUGGAACCAUCUUUUCCAUGUUAAAUAUUAAAUAUACAAAAGUCACAAAUUUCCAAGAAAUUUGUUUCAGGUCACGCUGGUAGACAUAACUGAAUUUGAUCUGUGUUAAUUCUGCAUUGAGCAGUGAAACUAUUGGAGGUAUUAAAAUCAAUAUAGGCUGUAGUGAACUAACCUAAGUAUCAGUAGACCUUAUUCACAGUAGUACCAUAGUAAACGAGGCUGUAAGGGAUAGACUUACUAUCUCUUCAAUGGCACACACUGAAAAAAAGCUGUUUAAAGCUCUUAGAUCACAUCAUAUUUUUUUGUCUACUGAAUGUCCUUGAAAAUAUAUAUUUUUCAGUGUUUUGUCCACAGAAUGAUCCAAAAACAUUUAAAAAUGCAGUACAGCAUAUCGAAGAGACUGCAAUCCAUCCCUCAGCCUCAUUUUCAUUCCCGUGAAAAAUCACAAAUGGCGCUGGUGCGAAUAUGGUCUAUUUUAGCGUAAUUACAGGCCUGAAUUCCUUUCUUACAAAUAAUUAGCAAACUGAAAAUUUGAUAUGAUGUGAACACUCCAGCAUUGACAUUAGCCAUGACAACCUAAUUUAUAAAUAAACACCCAUAUUAAAGUACUAAAUGUCUCCGCUUGU